GUUGUUUACCUGGCGAGGAAAACUGAACUGAGCUGCCUGGUUCAUAAUUUCAUUACGCAUCAUCACUAGGCGAGGACAAAUAGUAGCGCAUAAUAGCGCCGAUUGAUCAAGGGGACGCAAUGCUGACGUGAAACAGUGUGCGUGCGUGUGUGAGUGUGUCUGUUCCGUGCCCGAUAACGCUCUCCUAUUAUCCGUCCUAAACAGGAGCUCCGGAGAGUUCUGUUGUGUUCCCUAUUCUGUCGUAAGUAAAUCCCCCGCAAAAAAUCCCGUCGAAAAUGUCCUUCCUCGGGCUGCUGAGCUACGUUUCGCUGCUGGUGCAGAUCUGCUUCGUAACCGUCUCGAUCGCUGCCGGCCUGUACUAUCUAGCCGAGCUGGUAGAGGAGUACACGGUCAUUGCGAAGAAAGUCAUCAGCUGGAUGGUGGCCGUGACGGCCUGCCUGUACGUGAUAUUCAUCUUUACCGAACACUUCACCUGGACGAUGGUGCUGUGCGGGCUGGGCGCCCAGGCACUGCACGGGCUCAUCCUGACCGAUUUCCCGUACGUGCGGUUUCUUUCGCCCGCCUUUAUCGGGGCGGUCGGGCUGCUCGUCGGCAACCACUAUUUGGCCUUCGUCUACUUCCAGCUGCAGUACCACGCGUUCACGGAAGUGUUGGCGUACUUUACCCUCUGCCUGUGGUUGGUGCCAUUCGCGCUGUUUGUGUCCCUGUCGGCCAACGACAACGUGCUGCCAACGAGCAACGAACGGACGCAUUUGCUCAGUGGCAAUGACGAUGUGGUGACGAAUUACUUCUCUAGCCGUAAAAAGAUGGGCCUGCUUUCGCUGUUCAGCUACGCGAAGGAAAGCCUGCUGCCGGAACGCAACAAGAAAGCGUUCUAG